CAAGCGUGGGUUCUUAGGUAUCGUUGCCCACUACGUUGACAAGCAAGGCGAUAUUGUAGACUUACCUAUCGCGCUGCCGCAGUUGACAGGCGCCCACAGUAGACAUAGGAUGGCAAAGGUUGUUAUCCAAACGUUGAAAGAGUUCGGUAUAAACGCUCAACGUAUUGGCUACUUCGUACUCGACAACGCAAGCAAUAACGACACCGCGAUAGACGCAAUUGCGCUAACAAUAGGCUUCAACCCACGCCAUCGCCGCCUCCGUUGUAGUCCUCAUACAAUUAACCUUGUCGGCCAGAUGCUCCUCUGGGGAGAAAACAGUGCCUCGUACAACAACAAUACCGCUAAGAUUACUGCUGAAAGCGAGUAUAUGAGCGAGUGGAGGCGCGAUGGGCCCUUAGGCGUACUCCUAGGUAUCGUCAACUACAUUAAAACACCACAGCAAUACGCUCUUUUUGCUGACUUUCAGCGCCUUGCCUAUCGCGAGCUACUAGCUGACGCACCUCCCGAUAAACGCAAGAUCCUUGAGCCCGUCAAGCCUAUUAUUACACGCUGGAACUCCUUCUACUCGUGCUUUAAGCGCGCUGUACAGCUUCAACCAGCGAUUAACGCGUACGCCAGCCACCAUAUAAAGCGUAUACGGGACGAGGAUACCUACGCUGAGUCGCGGCGCAACAAACUGCCUCACGCGCCACACUAG